AAGAACUGGAUUUUAUUCGAGUUGAAUCUAGAGAGAGUAUUCUUAGGCUGGUGGGAAAAAAGUGAAUACGGCCACAAGUUGAAUAGGGACGCCGACGUCGAUUUAGGGCGCCCACGAGUCCUCUGCAAAGCCUGUCUUACCCUACUUGAUCAUCCACAGUACAAAGGAAAUGGGACAAGUGCUAUGAGAAAGAAGAGAGGGUCUCAUCAAACUCUGAUUUCCGAUUCGCUACAAAACCAUUCCAUAAGAGAGUUACCUAAUAUAGACAAGGAGCAGUUGUUAAAGACCAUCACCUGUCUUCGGUUACCAUUUCAAACAGUAGAGAACCCUGUGUUCCAGAGACUACUAAACCUCGUAUACUCAGGACCUAAGGUACUAGAACUUCCGUCAGCGAAAACCCUACGAAGACGGCUCCGCGACGUAGUUACAGUUCAACAGGAGUCGCAGUUACGAGAUCUGCCUAAUAACGCUAAGCAAGCGUUUAUAGCAAUUACGGUUUAUUUCAUUGACAAAGAUUGGAAUUACCGGGAGAUGCUUCUUAGCUUUGAACCGUUACACGGUCCUCACACCGGGAGCAACCUUAGUGAUGUUCUCCAUCAGUUACUGAAGGAACGCGGACUCUUAGAUCGCAUCUUUAGCGUCACUACAGAUAAUGCGACCAACAAUAAGACUUUGAUCCGCGCUUUACAAGAGAAGUUGAUCUCCGCUAGUGUAAUUAGCUCCAGGGAAUCCAUAAUCCGGGUCCCUUGGCAUAUUAAAGUAGCGCCUAAGAAUAAAGAGGUAAAGACUUUUUGGUCAGAUACACAAGCCAUCGGAUUAAGGGACUUAGCGAAUCACGGAAAUAUAGCUUAUACCCUAGCAAAGGUGAGCUUGAAGUUUUUAUGGACAAUGGAAAUCCAGAAGAAUUCCACGUUUUUAAUACUUCGCCGUGCGCGUCGACUAAGGAACAUCAUCGAUAAAUACUGUAGUGACCAUAAAUACUCGCAGUUCAAGAUCACCGACGUUAAAUAG